AUGCGUCAUCAGGUAUACCAACUAUGCACGGUUACAUACGGCACCAAGGCCGCACCAUUUUUAGCUAUGAUGACUUUAAAACAACUGGCUGAAGAUGAGAGACAAAAUUUCGACAGUGUUGCAAUCAAGGCCUUGGAGCAGUCAUUCUACAUGGAUGACGUCCUUCAUGGGUCGCAUUCUGUCGAACUCAAUGGUAGUCCUAGCCUGGUUACAAAAAGAGCCAGGACGUUGGAAGCCUUUGUCGCCAACAGGGUGCGACAAAUAUCAAGCAUAAUACCGAUAGAUUGCUGGCGUUACGUCAAGUCAGCAGAAAAUCCAGCGGACUGUGCAAGCCGCGGAUUGAGUAUCGAUCAAUUGAAAAAUCAUUCGCUGUGGUGGGAAGGACCGUCGUGGCUCCGAAAAUACGACCCUGACCAUGAAACUGAGCAAGCAGUGUUUACCACAGACGAAGAAGCACGAAAAGCCAAGAAACUUAUUAAUCACAUAUCGCAGCAAGAAAGCGAUAAUAUUUUGGAUGAAUUAUUAGUAAGAUAUAGUACACUCGCUAAACUAACAAGAGUUUUAGCAUGGAUAUUAAGAUUUAUCAAGCAAGCGAGAUACAAGAAAAAUCGCAUGCAAACUUAUUUAACAUUACAUGAAUUAAAAAAUGCUAAGCAUAAAAUAAUAUUACAUGUACAGCAGAGAGAAUUUGCUCAGGAAGUACAUUAUUUAAAAGAAAAUAAGCCGCUAUCAGCAAAAAACAAGUUAUUGCAAUUAAAUCCAUUCCUUGACAACGAGGGACUUCUCAGAGUCAAAGGAAGACUAAGCAAGGCCAAUAUCAAUCCAGACAUGAUGCAUCCGAUUAUCAUAGCUCACGAAGGACAUUUAACAAACUUAAUUAUAGAUCAAGCACAUGAACUUACCUUCCAUGGAGGAGCACGGGUGACAUCAGCAUUCAUUCGCAAGAAUUAUUGGAUCAUAGGCGGUAAUCGAGCCGUCAAAAAACGUAUACGUACCUGCGUUACCUGUCGUAAACACAAUCCAAGCAAGAUGACACAGUUGAUGGGUGAUUUACCUACGCAGAGAUGUAACAUUGCAAAGCCUUUUGAACAUACAGGCGUCGAUUUUACCGGACACGUGCUCAUAAAGGCCAACAAGGGCCGAGGAAUUAAGACUACAAAGGGCUACGUAGUGGUAUUUGUCUGUAUGGCAACCAAGCUUGUUCAUCUAGAUUUAGUCUCGGACCUCACAUCAUCAGCAUUCCUAGCUGCAUUGCGACGAAUGGCUGGAAGAAAAGGCUCGCCGAAACACUUGUAUAGCGACAAUGGUACAAACUUUGUUGGUGCUAACAAAAUUUUACAGGAAGAAUUGGAACAAAUACAAAAAACAUUUGAUCAAGAUUUCAUCAAAGAAAUUACUAGCCUGGAGAUUGAAUGGCAUUUUAACGCACCCUCAUGGCCCACAGCAGGAGGGCUGUGGGAGGCUGCAGUUAAAAGUUUAAAAUAUCAUUUAAGAAGAGUCGUUGGAGAGCAAAAGCUCACUUUUGAAGAGUUCAGCACAGUUCUGGCCCAGUUAGAAGCAGUACUUAACUCAAGGCCAUUGUGUCCUCUUACUGAAGACCCCAACGAUCUAGAUUUCCUCUCUCCGUCAAGCUUUAUCAAUCUAAAUCAAGAUAUGACUAUAUUAGAAACAGAAACUGAUAUGCGGACAAGAUGGCAUUUAACUCAAAAAAUAGUACAAGAUAUUUGGAAACGUUGGCAUGCAGAAUAUCUCACACAGCUGUCAGCAAGAAGCAAGUGGAGACAUUCUCAACCAGACAUUCAACUAAAUGACAUCGUCACAAUUAACGAUGCAAACUUACCUCCUGGGAAAUGGGCAGUUGGUCGAGUCGUCCAGCUGCAUCCCGGGGCCGAUGGCCACAUCAGGGUGGUCACAUUGAAAACAAAGAAUGGGCUGAUCAAGAGGCCUAUUAUCAAACUGUCUAUUCUCCUGUGA